CUCUCUCUGGGACAACUCUUCUAUUUCUGUCUGGUCUCCAGCCCCGGGUCCCACUGCCUGCCUCUGCUCAGAUGCUCAAAGACUUGACUGUGGACUACAUAGAGGUUUUUGCUUUGGAUUGUUGUCAAUAUACAGAGUCACAACUACCAGAGAGGGCUUGUGUGAGGUGAGAGGCCUUUUUGGGGAGCCUGUUGAGGAGUUUACAACAGGGACCAAAUUAUGGAUUAUAAAACUGAAAGGAAAAGAAAAAUUUCCAGGAUUUUUUUGGACAGAGGCCAACUAAAAGGCACAAUGCCUUAGGAGCUACUAGCUGUAGAAAAUCCGGUCUAAGGGGCCCCAAACUCUGGGUCCUGUAGCUCCAUCAGCAGGCAGAGUGUAUCAUUUUGAGGUCUGUGUUUGCAUGAAUGACUGAACAACUGAGGACAGAGCUCUUUGCUAGCGACCUUGCAUCAUGACCUCAGUUGAGAAGCGCCGCUCAGGCCGAAAGAGCGGUGGGCAUCGAAAGCACAGCGAUGGAGGCUACAGCGACACCUCCAGUGGUGGGUCCUUUCUGGAUGAGACUGACCGUGAGGUCAGCAAUCUGACAGAUCGAGCAUUCAGGAGCCUCUGCAUUGGGGAUGAGGCUGUUUAUAAUGACUCAGACCUCUGUUCGUCUUCUCCCUGCACCCAGAGAGACAGGCAGCUGGCCUUUAGCCAGAGUGGCCAGGACAGAGACAGAGAGGACAGAGAGAGGGAUGAACUCAAGAGAGCUGCACAUGAGAGCUUCAGCAUCAGGAUGCAGCAGUAUGGACAGGACUGGAUCCAUGGAGGAAUGUAUGGGGCUGAGAUCCAGAGAGAUCCACAAUGGGAGGUUUAUGGGGAAAGGACACAGGAGAGGAUUUCUGCCACAUUCCAGCACUCCUUUGUGGAAACCUCUCAACAGGAGGAAUAUUUGGGGGGAGAACAGCUGUCCUUUCUAGGCAAUGGACCCACGGAGUUGAGUUCGCGGCAACGCAGAAGCCGCUCCAGAGUUUCGUCUCUGAUCAGAGCUUUUAACUCAGAAGGACAAAAGGAUGGAGCAGGGAAGGAUGGCCAACUCAGAGAGUGGAAUAAUGAGACAAGCUGGGACAAAUCAGCUCUGAUGAGUAUCCAAAGGGAACUUUCUGAGUUCUCUACAUCUUACCAGCAAAACUUUAACAGUGGUCAUAUCUCCUCAGCUUGCCCGUUCUCAUCCCAAGACACCAACUUCUACUCCUCUGAAGUAGCAGCAGUGGCUCACAUGAAUUCUGCAUCCUCUUUUAUGAGAUCUUCCCACGGUAAACAUAGCAUGUCCACGCAGGUCAACUGCAACUCUAACUUCUUUAUACACAGUGAGUUUAGUCCCUUCAAAGUUUGGAGGGACCAUAACAGGUUUCCCUUCCAACAAGGGGAAGUCUCAGGGUUUAUGCACUGUUCAGAAUUCCCUAAAUGGUAUGACACACCAAUGUACAGGGAGCUUUCAAUGGAGGCCCAACCACAGGGUCCAUACAGAUUUGAGGAGAGGGGUAUCAGACACCAAAGGAAUAACUUUGCACCUGUGGUUCCUUCCACUCUUCCCCGCUCCACCUCAACAUCCACAAUGCUGCAGAAAGCUUCGGCUGUAGAGAAACGCUGUGAGUCAGAGUUGACGGGUCAUUACCCUCACAGGAAGCGAACGCAGAGCCUGGGAACUAACAGACUCCCAUCGCAACGGCCAUCAACUGCAUCACCUACCAGUGAAAUGUCUCGACGUGUCCAGGACACCAUCAGCUCCGUCAAAGCCCUCCAGAAAAAAAUUAAAAUGAUGACAGAGAAAAAUACAACAACAGGGAUGACAGCAAAUCAACAAGGAGUAUUUUGUACCAAUGAUAAUUUAAUUCCCUUUGGCAACAAUGCAAAAACAGUGGCACCAAACAUUGUCAGCAGUAACACAAGCACGACUCCCUUCAACAUCAGCCAACUGCCCACACCUUUAGUGCAAGCACAUCAAGAAACAGAGACAUCAGAGGUCGGGCAGUAUGCAGUUUCCCCUCAACCUGUGGAACAUCCUCCAGUGCGAGCAGAAAGCAGGGGAGCCACUCCUGAUGUUAGGAUGUCCAGCUACAAAUCCAGAGCCACGAGCCUACUCUUCAAUCUCAAAGACAACAGGAAAAGAGUAAAAAGCACCUACAGUCCUGCCAAAUUUAAAGCCUUGGAGACACUGGAAAAAAGCAAACAUCACUCUAUUCAGGAGCCUAGAGACACUGUGAUAGACAUCCCUGAUUAUCCAGAUGUAGACUUUCAAUUUCUUCAGGUAGAGGAAUCCAGCAGAGCAAAUGCUGCCUCGCAUCAAUAUGUAAACCAGUACCAUAGCCCUGGAUUGUCACUUACAACACCAAAUUCUCAACCUGCACAUACAGGCCAACACUCAGAAUACACUUUAAGUGAUUACCAGACAGCUCAGAUGCAAAGUCAGAUGGUUCAUCACUCGGGGUUUACUGGCUUCAUACCUGAAAAUUACGCUAGCAAUCAGCUGGCUAAUGGGCAGCAUCUCCAUGAAGACUUAUCGUCAUUUACUCCCUAUAAGCAAGGCAAGAUAGAUAAUGUAGAAACUCUGGGAGGAGAUGUAUACAGGCUGAACACAUCUUAUACAGCUACAGAAACACCAAGGAUACAUGCUGACAACAAUCAACCAAGAGAAUAUUUAAUAAGUAAGGCAAAUGCUGAGCAACAUUUUAAUGAAACAGUGGGAAGGGAAUUCACAAAGGUGGAUAGAUAUCAGCAGUUCAAAGAAAACAAACAUGAUUAUAGUAAUGUGUCCUCACAGGAUAGGUGGAGACAGACAAACAGCCAGGACACAGAAAGUCUCAGUCUGAAAGCAGUCUCUCCAUGGAAACAAGAGAUAACUGCUUCAAUGGAAAAAGACCAACAUGCACAGGCUUACCAAAGAGCAGCUGUGAUAAAGGAGGAACUAAAUUCACCAAGAGACAAGUACAGAGGGGAAAAUCAGCAAAGCAUAAAUAAAGAACUUGAGAAAAUAGAGUUGAGGGAGAGUUUUGGUAUUGGAACAUCUUCUCAUAAAAAGUCUGCGUUGGUCAACACUAACAUUUCAAACCAACAGCAACAAAAUGCUCCAUUUAGUAAUGACACUAUAGAAAAUCCAGCAUAUUAUGGACAACAGCAACCAGGAGCUCUGAAGUAUAACAAUAAGGAAAAUGAAAUGAAAGAUCAUUAUUUGACACAGAAUUAUAACAGAUAUAGUGAUCAAGAAUACAUAAACCAACACACAUAUUCUAAUAAAGACAAAAGAAUGCCCACGCAAGAAACAGUUCAGAAAAAACAAUAUACGUCAAUUCCACAGGCGUAUGAAAUGCAAAGUCUCCAGCCAAUAGAAGCUAAACCACAGUUUGAACAGAAUGUGCAGAAAACAUCAUUAUCGAAUCCUGACAAUGCAUCUGCCACCACAAUAGCAAACCAGGUAAAAGACAGACAGUUUGUUGAGGUCAAGGCUGAACAGGUCAUGGCUGAGCAUGUAAAAGAACAACACACCCAAGCAGAGCUGGCAAAGGCCCAGCACUGGGCUCAAGUGGAGCAGCCCAAAGCAGAGUCGGCUAGGUUAAUUUUAGCAGGGCAGACUGGUUCAGACAAAGUCAAAGCAGAAGAUGCCAAAACAGAAUUAACAGAGUACCAGCGAGUAAACCAGGCUAAAGCAGAACAUAUUAAAGAGGAUAAGAGAAAAGAGGAACGGACAGAACAGUCCAGAGAAAAACAACCAGAGCGUGCCAGAGAGGAACAGAUAAAGGCAGCGCAAUCCAGAGUACAAGUAACAGAAGAGCCUAGAAAUAUAACAGAGGAAGUAGGAGCCGAGGACUUGAGAGAGGAGAAGGGUGAGCAGGUCAAAGUAAAACAAGCUGAAGCAAAGAGGCUAAAAGAAGAGCACAUAAAAACUGAACUGGCAAAGGCCGAGCAGGCCAGGCAGGAUUGCUCGGAGCAAGCUAAAAGUGAACAGGCCAGUAGAGAAAGGAUCAAAGCAGAACAAAUUGACGAAGAACGGGUUAGAGCAGAUCAAGUUGAAAGGCAGCAAGUGGAGGCAGAACAAAUCAGAACAGAAAAGGUUAAAUCAGAGCAGGCUGAAGCAGAGCAUAAAAAAGCAGAACAAGCUAAACUAGAGCACAUACAAGAGCAACAAGCUAAAGCAGAACAAGAGAAGACUAACGUAGUUGAAGUGGGAAAGGUCAAAGCAAACCACAUUCAAGUUAAGCAUGUUAACCAAGAGAAAGCUGAGGAAGAUUCAAUUCAAGCGGGUCGAGUAAAUGCAGAGCAACCUGUAACACAGAUAAGUAAAGCCAACGAUAGAAAGGCAGAGCUGGCAAAGUUGGAACAAACCAAAGUGGAGCUAGCUAAAGCAGAACUAACAAAAACAGAGAACAUGCCGGAAAGGUCAGCUAAACCCGCAGCAAAACUAACAGUGACACAACAGGUAAAAAAUGAGCCAGAUAAACUUGAACAAGUUAAGACAGAGUUAGCUAAAGCUAAAGCAGAAUUGGCUAAAAUAAAGGAGAAAAUGAGAGGAGAGCAAAAAGAGAAAGUCCGAAAUAGAGUUCCCACAAAUGAAGAUGGGAUUAAGACAGAUGUUCCUUUGAAGGUAAAUAUCAAUAAAAAGGAAGAGUACAAAGAUCAAGACCAGGCAACGCAAAUGCAUAAACAGGGGGAAGACUCAGUUGUUGUCAGCAGGCAAAAUUCAGAUCAAGCUAGAGAUAGAGGGGAUGAGUAUGAGCGUCUCAGAGAGAAAUAUGGUUUUAUUGAUACAAACUUACCAAACAGAAACAAAGUGUCAAAUGAUGCCAAUGAAACACCAGCUUUAUCUCUUGAUAAAGUUGAGACAACGAAUUACGAGAAAUCAAAAGGAAAUUCUAGUCCUACAAGCAGAGUUGCAAGUGCUAACACAGAAAAUAAGGAGGAAGUGGGCAGCUUUAAACCCAUUGAGUUGACAGAGAGUCAGUAUGUUUACAGUGAGUCAUCCAAAGAAUUCAAACUUUCUGAGAGUAAUUAUUUGCCUAUCAAUGUAGAUAAAAGAGAAAAUAGUGACAUUGUUUCUGAUAAAGUGAAGGAUGAAAGUGUUGAAAAGUUUGACCCUCUGAAACAUAUUUCACAGCAAAAAGAUUCUGAUUUGGCUAAACCGCUCCCCCUUGUAAGAAAACCCAGGUCAACUGAGCACAGUUUAGGUCCAGGUAAAGAUACACUUUUUACCCCUCCCAGAGCAUUGUUCCAUAAAGAGAGAGCUCAGACCAAGCAGGAGAUUCUGACUUCCAAGAUAAAAGCUCAUGCUGAAAAAGAGAUUUCAGCUAUUAAAGAAAAAGGUUUUGCUGUACGAGAUGGGUUUAUAUCCAAAAAUUCUACCAAGCAAGUAGCAGGUAAUAAUAUACGACAGAGACCACCAUCACAGGAAGUGUCUAAAAAGCAUGAAAGCACAAUGGCCAGUAAUAUUACAUUAAAGCACCAGAUGGAGCCUUCAGGAAUACAGAUGGAACCAGUCAAGUUUGUUUCACUUCCCAGCUCUGUUACAAUACCAGUUAAGUCUGCAGCAACCACCAGUCAGGUUCAGUCACAGAAACAACUUCACAACGAACCAAUGAAGAGCAAUGAUAAUCUGCCAAAAAAAACCAGAGAAGCAAAACAGACGGGAAGUCAUACCAUGAGCCCGGAUGACGGCUUGGUACAAAAUCAAAAGAAAGAGAAUCAAUUUGGAAUUAAAUCACUUACACAAAGUAAAGAGCAGACACUCAAAAACAAGCCAGAAACACAGGAAGCAAAUAAAGGAGAAAUAUUUGGAAAACAGAAAGAGGGACUUAAAGACAAUCCUGACUUAAACACUGACCAUCUCAACAAAAAGAAACAGGAUCCUCCACAAGCUACAGCUCUGGUCAAAGCUGAAAGCUCCAAACCGAUGUCGACAGAAAAGGCUGAGAGUAAACAUGAGGCAGUUCAUGAAGACUCAGCACCUUCACUAAGUCUUGCCUUUGGUCAGAAUGAGACCCCUGUGGCUGAGGACAAAUUGCAGAUAAUGGGAAUAUCGGUAACUGUACGAGAAAGAAAGCCCUCUGUGGACAAUGGUCAGAGGAAUAACAGCACUCAAGAACAAAUGAAUGUAAAAGAGAAAGAGUGCAGUAAUUCAGAGCUAGAUAAAUGUAAUCCCAGCUCAGGUCUGGAAGUAGGUAAAGGAAAUACAUCUUCAAAGGAAGUUAGCAUAGUAAAGCUGAAUGAUGGAGUUGUACAGGACACUGAUCCUACAGUGAAAGAAGAUCAAACUAAAGUUGAUAUGGAUAAUCAUCCUGAAAACAAUGUGUCUGAGAAUGUCACUGUGAAAAGGACUAAUCUCCAACAGGAGAGUUCUUCUAUAAAUGUAAGACCCCAAAGGAUAACACAACUCCAAGAGCCAUUGGCUGAAAAAGGUGUGCCAUGCAAAAAUAAAGUGUUGGCUGAAACGAAUCCGCUUCUCUACAACCAAGACAUAAUAGCAAAUGAAACAAAAGACAACACAAAUGAAAUGCCAAAAGAAAACCCAGUGAAGAUUAUAAAGAAAGUUGAAGUAAAGAGUAAUACCGAAGAGAAAAAUCCACAAAAAAGUCAUACAGCACAUGCCAAUGAGAACAGCAUAGCCAAAGUGGUGAACACAGCAAUCAGCGUCACAAAUGAUUCAAACAGAGCUGCUGCUCAAACUCUGAUAAAACAUGACAUUCAGCCAUCAGUGAAAGAAGAUAUGACAACUGGCAUCCAUCCAUCCAAAAGCAGGAACAUAGAUGGUAAGAGUGCACCAGUGGAAGAAAAGAGAUGUGACUUAACACCACCAAAGCCAUUCAACAAAACUAUUCCAUCUAACCAUUUAACUGAGAAUGAAAAUGCUCAUGCAUCUCCAAAACAUCAGUAUAAAGAGACACACGUUGGACAAAAUAAGCAAUGGGAUGAUGAUUUGCAUAUAGGCAGCAUUGCAAUCAGAGUUGUGCCAGCAGUAACUGAGGACAACCUGAAAAUGGCAGGAAAACAUCAUGUCAACAUCACCACUGUCCCGUCUGAUGUAGCUGCAGCUAAUGAACAUAAACAAGAUGCAUCAUCUAGUCUUGAAAACAAUGAAGACAGAACCAAAGACCUCAAUCCAGCAAGUAGGGAAAAGCAAAUGGAGGAAAGUUUGGAAGACAAAUUUGGAAUACAAUGUGUUUUGUCCAGUGUGAAAAAACUGUCCAAAUCACUACAACUCGGUAAUCAACAGAACAUCAUAAACACCACCAGUGAGAAUAGUCAAGCUGAAAAUGGAAAGCCUGAAAAAGUAAAUGAAAGCAGGAAAUCAGCGGAUGAAUUAACCAUAAGACCAAUGGUGGGAGACUACUUUCAAGUGCAAGGGAUUGCAGCAACAAAUAAUGAACCAUACAAUCGUACCAAUGCUGAAGAUAGGUCAAAUGCUGGAGAUACGUCCAAUGCUGUUUCAAAGGGAAGGGAACUUCCAGCAUUACUGUCAAACAAGGCAGCUAUCAGCAAUGAAUCUUGCAAUGAAGGAAAAAAUCAAGUAUUUGUUUUGGACCAAAGUAAAAGGAAAUCAAGUUCAGUAAGAGUUCAAGAUGAGAACAUGAAAAAGAAAAACAGGGAAACAGAUCAUAAUCUGGAUUCAAAACUGAGUGAUGGUCCCACAGAGAGACAGCGUAAUACAAAUGAGAAGACAGAGGCUGGUCAAGCUGUUCAUAUCAGAAAACAUCAUACAGAGAAUCAGUCCAGUUUAACAGCAAGAGAAACACGGAGCUCAAGAAAUUCAUACCUGACACAGGAAGAUAUGGUUAAAGAAAAACCAAAAGUUAAACCAAAAGAAAGAGUAUCCACAAUACCUGAGAUAUCAGCAAUUGCAGACUAUGCUAGGUUAAAAGUAAUUGUUUCGGAAGACGAGGCAAACAAAAUUCAGGAAUUCCCACCCAACAAAAAGGAGGGAUUUUUCCCACUAAUACAGACUCGUCACAGCAGACGUCCAAUGUUCACUGCUGACCCACAAGAUCUCUCUGUAAAAGAGAAAAGUUUGCCAAAUAAGACAGAGGUCAGCUCCAAAGUGAACAAAGAACCCAAACCCUUAGUAUUUCCCAUUACUGAGAGAGAACACCAAAGGACAGGGAUGUUUAAACUGGGAGAAAAAGAAAGACAAGAGAAAAUGAUCUUAGAUGCCAAAGCCAAUGAAGGUGUAUUAGACACUGGGGCAAAACAUGCACAACAGCUCAAAGCAAGUAACAAGUCACCAUCAAGUCAUCUUAAGAACCAGGGAAGAGAAGAACAACUGACUGGAACUGAUACCCAAAGAGUUCGACAAGUAGAACAAACUAUUCAUCAGCCAAACAAUCCUCCUAUGCAAGCAACAUCAUCUUCUGCAGUCAACAAGCCAAGAAGCACUUCUGUGUCACAACACCUAAAGCCACUUGAGAUCUCCAAUCCACAUGAAAAACUUGUGGGACAAGUGAACAACAUAGAGGAAAGCACAGCAACUCUAAAAAAAGAUGAGGAGAUUGAAAAUGCACUGGCUAAGAUUGGGGAAAAGAGAACAGAUAAAAUGAGGCAAGAAAGGCUUGCAACUCGGCAUGAAAAAACUGAAACACAACAUCAGAAUAGAGCAAAACAGUUUGAGGAAAAACAAGCUUCUAGGAUAGAAGAGGAGAAAAGAGCUGAAGACAUGAGAGUAAGAAAUAUGAUAGAGGAGAAUAGAGCUUCUGUUGCUGAAGAAGAGAGGAGAGCCGCUCAGAGAGAGGAGGAGAGGAGAGCAAGAGAGCGGGAGGCCAUUGCUAUUAAGAUCAAGGAGAAGCGGGAAAAACAGAGAGAAGCAGAAAGAAGGGCAGAGGAAGAAAGAGCUGCUCAACAAGAAGAGGAGAUGAAAGCAAAUCAAAGGGAAGAAGAAAGGAGAAUGAAAGAAAUUGAGGAGAAGAGGAGAAUAAAAAUUGAGGAGGAGCGUAAAGCAAAAUUGAGAGAGGAGGAAGAGCGGAUAAAAGAGAAUGAGGAGAAGAGGAGGGUGAAACAGCAAGAGGAGGAGAGAGCUGCACGAGAGGAGAUGCAGAGAAGAGCUGCUGAAGAAGGGAAGCAGAGGAGAGCUGCUGAAGAGGAGAGGCAGAGGAGAGCUGCUGAAGAGGAGAAGCAGAGGAGAGCUGCUGAAGAGGAGAAGCAGAAGAUAGCUGCUGAAGAGGAGAAGCAGAGGAGAGCUGCUAAAGAGAAGAAGCAGAAGAGAGCUGCUGAAGAGGAGAAGCAGAGGAGAGCUGCUGAAGAGGAGAAGCAGAAGAUAGCUGCUGAAGAGGAGAAGCAGAAGAUAGCUGCUGAAGAGGAGAAGCAGAGGAGAGCUGCUAAAGAGAAGAAGCAGAGGAGAGCUGCUGAAGAGGAGAAGCAGAAGAUAGCUGCUGAAGAGGAGAAGCAGAAGAUAGCUGCUGAAGAGGAGAAGCAGAGGAGAGCUGCUCUAAUUGAGGAGCAAAGGCGAGCUAAAGUGAUUGAGGAGCGGAUACUCGCUGAUAUUGAGGAAAAAGCUGCUCGGAUUUCAGAGGAGGAAAGGAUCAAACCGAUCCAGGAGCAGAAGAAAGCAGAGCAGAUGAUUGAAGAGCUGAGGGAAGAAAGACAGCAAAAGGAAGAAUGGAUGAGAACUCAGAGAGCUGUUGAAAAAGACAAAACAAUUAUAAAACAAAGAGAAGAAAGGCAAGCCAAAGAGGAGAGAACCAGACUCCUUGAGGAGAGCCAAGCAGCAGUGAAAGAGGAGGAGAAGAGAGUAGCACGAGAAUGGAUGCUAGCUCAAAGAGAGGACGAGAUCAGGGCUAAAAAGAGAGGAGAAGAAAAGUUAGCAGCUCACAGGGAAAAGGAGAGAGCCACUCAGAUGGAGGAGCAAAAAAGAGCAGCGCAGAGGAUGGAUGCUCUCCAGUACUACGCCAUCACCUCAACAGAAUCAGAGAGGAAACCCAGAGAAAGACAACUAUGCUCCCCUUUACCAUCCCAACAAAGGCCCAAUCCAUCAGGACUUGGAUCACCUGAGGACUCAGGAGCCCAAACUCGGCCUUAUAGGCCACAUGCCCCUGCUUCUCCAGCUCCAUCUCUGCCCCGCUCCAACACCUCCUCUCCUGCUCUGGGAGCCAAGCCCUCAAUGUUCAGGGUGAAGGAUAACACCAUCAGAGGUUCCUCUUUCAAGUCAGUCAAACCACGCCUCCAUAAGAACUUUGGAGAGGAUUUCCGAGUGGGUUCACCGAUGGAGAGGGGGUCAAGAGAGGAAGAGCAAGACAUAGUGAGACACAGUGCUGGAACUCCUGUCUAUCCGGACACAGGGUUAAACAGACUUGCUGCUAUCAAACAAUCCUCCACUUUUCAGCCAGCAUAUUCAUCACAGGAUUACUCAGCCCUUCUCCCACAACACAGGCCUUACUCCAGGAGGAGCAUCGCUCUGGAUGAAGAUGACUCCCGUUCUCUCAUCAGCAACAUGUCAGAAGAUGUAGAGAGUUUUGCCACCAGUGCAGCAGACCUGGCAGAUAUACGAGGCCUCUAUGACGGAGAGAGGCCAGAAUCAGCCUGUAGCUUUAGCAGUGAUGUCUCCCGUUCUUUGGGCAAGCCUCCAACUGUUCCCCCAAAGAGUGAGAAAGCCUUGCGCAGAGCAAAAAGGUUGACUACUCGGAGAAUCAAGAAGGAGUUGUCCAAAGCUGCAGCAGACAGCCCUGAUGGAGAUGAGAAAUCUCUUCAAGAAGUCUCCAAUAUUACUUCCUCCUCCUCCAUUGAGGUACGCUCUUCCAGCCGCCAAGCUAUGGCUUCCUCCCAUUUUUCCUCACCUGUCUCCCUCGCUCAUGCUCCAACAUUGGGGUCUAGCUUGCUUUCUUCACACACAGAGCACAAAUCUUCUCGCAGCUCCUCCUAUGCUUCCCCUCAUGCCACUGGUCCUAUCUCCAUCCCAGUUGCUUCACAUCAUGCUACUGCCCCUGUUUCCCUCACUGUUGCCUCGCAUAAUGCUACUGGCCCUGCUUCCCACACUGCUGCUCCUAAGACAGUUGCUCAUGUUUCCUCUUCUCCCACUCUCCAUCAUGCCAACCACCCAGCUCCAGUGACACAGUACCAUGUAGAGUCAAGCUAUCCCCAGUCCUACCCACUAACCCAGCGAAAGGUGCUGCAAGACCUCGGCUCUGGUCAGUAUUUCGUGGUGGACGUGCCUGUUCAAGUGAAAAAGAAGACUUUCUUUGACCCAGAGACGGGAAGGUAUGUCCAGCUGAAUGUUCGCGAGUCGGGCCAGAGCACCUCCCGAACCCAGCCCCAGCAGACGUACCCACAACCUCAGCUCCAACCCCAAAUGCAGGUCAAGCUUCAACAACAGCCACAGGCCUCUCCAGCUGGCAAGCCUUUUGUGCUUUAUCAGGGCAACCAGAGUCAUCCCCAGGACUACCAACCUCUGGCUAUCAACUAUGUGCCCCGCAGCAGGUCAUCAGCCCCUGUGACUCUCCACCAGGACCAACAGCCUGUCAGGGAGAGCCACAGCUACGGAUAUCCAGCCCCUGAAAUGGGACAGAACUCUGAAGGGCAUCGCUACAGCCCAGAAAAGACUCCAUACAUGGACACAGUUAAUGAUAAAGGCAAAACAUAUAACACCAUUUACAGCACACAUGCUCCAUAUGAGUCGUCCCCAGAGGGAGAAACAAACAGCCAGCUUGCAGGAAGCUCAGUUUGUGAAAAUGAUAACUCAGCCCACUCACAAUGUCAGCCCCGUGAUAUAAUAACUAUGAGUGAACUGGAGGACUUUAUGGAGGUGUCUGACUGGUGAGAACAAAGAGCUUUUACUCAGAAGGGGUAGCUAAAUAAAGUAUUUGAUCAAAUAAAGAUACCCAAAAGCACAGUAUGAAAAAAUCAUAAUAUGCAGUAUUUUAACUGUUUGUAUAUGACUUUUCAAGUGAAAAUAGUCUAAGAAAGAUUUUGGUUUGUAGUUUUAAAAGGUGCCUUGUGACAUGUUGUUAGAUUGAUUUUGGAGAUUCACUGUUGAGCUAUUUAUUGUGUUACAGAGAAGUUCAUUCCAUUUGACUUUUAUGUGUUUCUUGUGUAUAUGAUCAGUAUCCCAUUGCCUACUAAACCUAAAAGUAUGUUAUCAUAUAUCAAACAGCAACAGUGUGUCCACAGUGUUUAGUAGUUUUGAACACUGGCAGGCCUGCUUAAGUUUGCAAUUUUUUUUUUCUUGUUGAAGAAAUCGUACUUUUGGCAUUUUGUGAUUAAACCCACAGUGUCAAUUAACUAUCUGCAGAUGGUGUAAAGCAUAGUUUGUGUAUUCAACCACUGUGUCGAUGUGAAAACAUGGUGAUGUGAUUAUUGCCGUUUUGGAGGUUUAAUUUCAUACUGUAGUCCAUUUUUAAAGUUGGAAGUGUGUGAGAAUGUUUCUGUGUUGCUGUGAAACAGAAUUGUGUGACAUGGACUUACUCAGGCAAUUACAACACACUUGAUUCAAAUAAAUAAUUUUCUCACCACAAUGACUGUCUUUCAAAAUCACAUUGUAAAGGUUAUAAAUAAACAAAAAGUAAAAAUAUAA